AAACUGACCGUAUAUCCGGGAUGUUCAACCCUCAUCCGAGUGGUUUCCUUUCGAUUCAAAAUGGCGGAGGAAGUCGAAGAUUGGGGAACAAACAGUCAGCUUGUUACUGUGAUUCCAGGUGGUAAUGAUCAACUUUAUGAAGAAGCAGGUGACUCAACGGAUGUUAAGUCAGAACCUGCAAGUCCUGAUGAGGAUUCUUCCAGAGCACAUUUUGAUUCACAAGAUGAGGAAACUGAUGUGUUUGUUGCCAAAGAACAGAGACGUUUUGCGCACAGUGCAGCUGAGCAAAAGAGGAGGGAUGCUAUAAGGAAGGGGUAUGAUGAUCUGCAGACAAUCGUACCAACUUGCCACCAGCCAAACACAGCAACAGCUAUGCAAAAGCUAAGUAAGGCCAUCAUCCUUCAGAAAUCCAUUGAGUACAUCAUAUUCCUACAUCAGCAGAGGAAGAAACAAGAAGAGGAGUUAGAGGCACUCAGAAAAGAAGUGAUGGCUCUAAAAAUCAUGAAGACGAAUUAUGAGCAAAUAGCCAAAGCACAUCAGAAUCAGCCAGCACAAGGGCAGAAGCAAGUACCAGAUCAGGCCAAAUUUAGUGUGUUCCGUCAGAUCAUGGAGACCCAGUUCAUAUCAUUCAAUGCAUCAGUCAAUGUCACCAAUUUUGAAGCCCUGUCAGCUUGCAUAUUCAGCUGGCUUGAAGAAUACUGCAAACCUCAGUAUCUGCAAGAGAUAGUGAUUAACGCUCUCAAAAGUCUGAACAGCCAGGGGUUACUGCAGCAGCAAUAAGUUUAAAAGUAUUUGACAGCUUCCCAAAGGAGGAAUCCAGGUAUUUGGAACACCAGUCUGUAGUGGCAUUAUAUUUUGGCAUUUAUAUCUAUAUUGGAGCUGACAUCUUGACUGAGCUUCUUUACUGUAUACAUACAGGCGUAAUGUAGAAGAUAGACUUGCCCAUAAGCUACAUGGGAAGGACAGUCUUAGAGGAAUGCAGUUUAUCUAAGUAUAUUUUUUUGCAGAUAGAAGGCUACUAUUUUUUUUCAACCAAUCAUAGUAGUUAGGGAAGGCAAAGAACAACCUAAACAGUUAACUAGAAAUUGCCAAGUUUUUCCAGGUUCUUGAGUAUACCACACUGUAAAUAUUUUAUCUGUGUACAUGUAAAUAACACUGUGAUCAUUAUAUAACAAGAGAAUAAAGGAUUAUGUUAGAAAUAUCAAUAACGAGUAUGAUAGAUAUGUUGAAGUCAGGGGGGGAUCUGGUGUUUUCAGUAUUGUUGCCUCACAGUAUUGUUCACACUCUACCCCUGCCUCUCAAAAAAAAAAAAAAAA